AUGUUUACUGUUGUGCAAUUUUUUGAAAAGCAGCAGCUGCAGGUGCUUGCUGUUCCGGUUUCGUGGGUUCGUGAGGGGAUUUUGAUGUGGCCUAAGAUUCCCUCCAACGAAAAGUUGGAUAAAAUGCGAACCGAAGGUCAUGAAUUUCACGGUGCUACCAAAAAAAUUCCGGUAAUUCCGAGCCGGAAAUAUAAAAGCCUCCAGGCAGCAGAAGCUGCUGCAGAAGAAUUGCUGAAGCAAGACGUGUCUGACAUCGAAACAAAAAGGAACUUAUUGAAGCACCGAAAAGCUAAGCCUAUCGAUCCGCGCCCUCUUAAGGACUAUAACAAAAUUAUCCAAGGAAUAAAUUCAUCGAGAAAAGUCACGCCGACAAAACAAAUCCAGUUCAAUGAAGAUCCAGAAGCUGGUCCGUCGAAGAUAUCUGAUGCGGUAUCGUCUCAAAUGCUUCUGCCAUCAUCAUUUGUCUAUUCAUCUCCGACGAAUCAUUCGCAAGUGACCCCGACCAAGCGCGGGUUUUGGAUAUCAAGAAAGGUAGUCCACGCAGUGCCCUCUGAUGCAAGAAAAAACGACAGGGGUUUAAAUUCACCCAAUCUCACUGUUCCGCUACAAUGGCGUGCUUCUGCUACCCACAUGACGGAACCACAUCCAUCAUUGAAAAUUUUGAACCCACCACCAACCAGCGUUAUGCCAGGACAUUCACGAAGCGCACCGAAGUCAUGGAACGAACAAACUAAUUUUGCAGGUGUUACGACCAAUGGCAAUGGUGUAUUGGAACUGUCGCAAGAUCAGCAGCAAUUCAGAUCAAUAUACGUUACUGAUGACAACAUAAUCUAUAUCAAUCCUCCAACUAAGAAUUCCGAAGUUGACGAAGCUUCAGGAAACCUAGUGGAUACAGAUACCAGUGGAAUCAACGUCGCAAUCACGUCCAUGAAAUCAGAUGUAGAAAAAUUGGGAACUUCAGUUUCCGAGUUGAAGGCGGACGUCAUCCUCAUAAGAAAUGAACUGACCUCACUGAAAGGAGACAUAACUGACUUAAUCAGUACAUCGAUUCGACAAGUGGUUGAAGAUUGCUUGGCCAAGAGUUUCCCACGUUUUGCUGCUAUGGUCGAAAUGGAUAGGAGAGAUCAAUCAACAUCUCAUGAUGGAAAGUUGGUCGAGGAACAUAAACUAAUAAACGUUGAGGAUGAAUUAGUAGAGUUCAACAAGUUAUUGGCCAACAAACAAGUUUUUGAAGAUUACGUCAAGUAUUUCACGAAAAUAAUUCCACCCGCUACAUACUGGGAGAGAGGAGAUUCUGCAUGCUACCUGAUUGUGGACUGUUUGUUCACCCGAGGCUUUUGGAACUCUUUCACGUGGACUGGUAUUAAUAGAGGAAACAAGUCGAAGCGAGGUUUUCGCGAAUUUGGCAAUGUUGUGCAACUGCUUCUCGCAAUAGUAAACGUUGGUGAUCCAACAUAUACUAAUACCAAGUUGGAGACGUUCUGCAAAAAUCGCCUCUUCCGCUACUCGAAAGCAAGAUCUUCCAGCAAGCUGCUAAGAAAAUCUACAUGCCGUCGAAUGAAGACAAAGAAGUGUGAAGCAGUUCAGAACCUCGAUAACGCUGUUCCAGCAGUUGAUGACGAAAAAGAUGAUGAUCUAAUGGAUGACGUCACCACCGACUCCAACCAAGAUGAGUUGGAAUUCGAGUCAGAUGAUGACGUUGAUUUGAAAUCGCACGUCGAAACAUUCAUGGACUCAAGCGAGGAUUGAUAUUCAUUUUUCAUGUGACGUG